UUGCUAUUACUAUUAUUAUUUUACCGUUGGCUAGUUUCACGAGUGAUAUUUCCUUUUGAGCAUUGAUAGUAACAACGACUUUCGUAUGUUUCUUCUUUUCAGUAAAUCAGCUUAGACAAAAUGUGCGACGACUGGGAUGACAACGAUGCGACUGGAAAAUCCUUCGGCCAACCAAACUACGGUGGCGGCGACGAUGCACAGGACAGCGGAUACUCCGAAAAUCGCCGCGGCGGAGGCGGUUUCCGAGGUCGCGGUGGACGGGGUGGCCGCGGAGGUCGUGGCGGCCGAGGAGGCCGUAGUGAUUUCGGCGGUGGCGACGAUGGGGAAAACGGUUAUGGCCGCGGUGGAGGCGGCGGAUAUGGCGGCGAUGAUGACGCGAACGGCGGUUAUGAAAAUGGUUUUGGCGGCGGAGACCGCGGUGGUUUCCGCGGACGCGGCCGAGGUGGUCGCGGAGGGCGGGGCGGUCGUGGAGGUUCCCGCGGCGAUUUUGGUGGUGGCGAUAACGACGGAGGAGAAAACGGAUUCGGACGCGGCGGCGGCGGUGGUGGUGGUUUCCGAUCACGCAACCGCGACGAUGACGAGAACGGUGAAAAUGGAACAGAUGACCAGGUGAAAACGGAAAAGCCGAGAGAGCUCUAUAUUCCUCCUGCGCCCACCGAAGAUGAGAACGAGAUGUUCGGAUCGGGCAUCGAAUCGGGAAUAAAUUUCGAUAAGUUCGACGAAAUUAAGGUGAACGUAACGGGAGAGAAUCCUCCGAGUCCCAUCAAAUCGUUUAGCGAUUCUGGUCUGCGAGAUUACCUGUUGCAAAACGUACGCAAAUCACACUACACCAAACCGACACCCAUCCAGAAGUAUGCCAUCCCAAUCAUCAUGGAUAAGCGAGAUCUGAUGGCCUGCGCCCAGACGGGUUCUGGUAAAACGGCCGCAUUUCUGUUGCCAAUGAUCAACAACCUCCUCGUGCAAAACGAUGACAUGGUGCCCGGGAAUCCAUUUGUAGUCAUCAUUGCGCCCACGCGAGAGUUAGCUCUACAGAUCUUCAACGAGGCCCGCAAGUUCGCUCUCGGGACCAUCCUCAAGGUUUGCGUUGCUUACGGAGGAACUGCUACCCGUCAUCAGAUGGAUAACAUCCAGAAUGGAUGCCACAUUUUGGUAGCCACGCCCGGACGCCUGCUGGACUUCGUCGACAAGCAAGCGGUGACGUUCGAACGGGUCAAAUUUGUGGUGCUCGACGAGGCAGAUCGCAUGCUGGACAUGGGCUUCAUGCCAUCGGUUGAAAAGAUGAUGAAUCACGAAACGAUGCGACCCAAGGAGGAUCGGCAAACGUUGAUGUUCUCCGCGACGUUCCCCGCAGAAAUCCAGGAGCUGGCCGGGCAGUUUUUAAACAACUACAUCUUCGUCGCAGUGGGCAUCGUCGGCGGUGCCAGCACGGACGUUGAACAAACGAUCUACCAGGUAUCCAAGUUCCAAAAGCGGAAGAAGUUGGAGGAGUUGCUGGAGGCGGAUGAUCCAACCGGAACGUUGGUGUUCGUUGAGACGAAGCGAAAUGCCGAUUACCUUGCGUCGCUUCUAUCGGAAACGAAAUUCCCCACCACAUCUAUUCAUGGAGAUCGAUUGCAGCGAGAGCGUGAAGAAGCUCUCCGAGAUUUUAAAUCCGGAAAAAUGUUCAUUCUUAUCGCUACAUCGGUGGCGGCACGAGGGCUCGAUAUUAAAAAUGUGGCCCAUGUAGUUAACUACGAUCUGCCCAAGAGUAUCGACGAUUACGUUCAUCGUAUCGGAAGAACCGGUCGUGUAGGCAACAAAGGUAGGGCUACGAGCUUCUACGACAUGGAAGCUGACUCCGCGAUUGCGCCUGAUUUGGUCAAGAUCCUUACGCAAGCAGGGCAACAGGUGCCCGAUUUCUUGGAAGGCCUUUCCACGGGCGGUGGUUCGUUCGGUGGAGCCAGCCAAUUCGGUGGACGGGAUAUUCGUGCGCGGAAUACUGGUGGAUCGCGCGUGGAUGCGCAACCGAAGCAGAUGGAGCCCGAGGAGGACUGGGACUAAGUCCGACAACCCACUAAAGAAGUGUUAUCAAAGAAGCAGGUUGAACUUUUGUUUUCACUUUUAUGUUUUAUUAUGUACAUUCUUAUGAAGGGUGUAAUGACUAUUUCCAACACAGAACUAUAAUUGAAGCUGAUUGUUAACAAAUCUGGUAAAAAAUGACAAAUAAAACGUUGAUACGUUGCCAAGAGCA